AUGGACGAAGAGGAGGAGGAAGUAACAGAUUUGAAGCUGCAAUUGUUUCACAAUACAGUACGCGAGCACAUUAUAUUUUUGCUGCUAAUAAUAUUGCUAUAUUUUACCUCAUAUGUGGUGGUGUCUCGGUAUCGACGUCGCGAUCGUGACGAUCUCUACUCGAAUGACGAGGAUGAGGUGCUUGUCUAUCGCAUAAGUUUCUGGCUCUGCACAUUCACGCUAGCGGUGGCCGGAGGAGCUGCCAUGCUCCUGCCUGUCUCGAUAGCCAGCAAUGAGGUUCUGUUGCUUUAUCCCAACAGCUACUAUGUCAAGUGGCUAAAUAGCUCGUUGAUUCAGGGUCUCUGGAAUCACGUAUUUCUCUUCUCCAACCUAUCGCUCUUCAUAUUUCUGCCAUUUGUGUAUCUCUUUUCCGAAUCCACGGGCUUCGUGGGUCACAAGAAGGGCAUAUUGGCGCGCGUCUAUGAAACCUUUAUAGUAUUUAUGCUAAUGGCUAUCAUAGUCUUAGUGCUGACCGCCGUACUCUCCGCUGUGUUUGGCAUUGAAAAAUUUCAGUUCUUUUGGUUUCUAAGCCUGGGCAGCGUACACUUGCCAUUCCUUUACUCUUGCGUCUCAUUUCUGGGCGUUAUGCUAAUGCUGAUUUGCACACCCUACGGUUUUAUACGCCUCUUUGGUGUUGUUAACCAGGUUCUGGCGAAGCCUCUGCUCCUGCGUGAUCCCUACGAGGAGCUAACAGCCUUCUACUUGGAGGAGGCCAGCGUGAAGCGCAAGUUGGCUGUCAUUGAGCUGCAGAAUGUGAGUUUCAGUGAAUCGGGGGCUUUGAAUGGUCAUAUGACCAAUCGAAAUCGCAGCCACGCACCACUUCAUCAUUCGCUAGCGCAUCUGUAUCAACGGGCGGUGCUGGGCAGUGAUGUGACCGCCCAGCAGGAGCAGCUCAACGAAAGACUGAGAGAAUUGGCGUCUGAGCGCAAAGAGCUGGACAAAUUGCAGAAGUCCAGCACAUUUCAACGUACAUUCAUCUACCCAGUGGCCAUGCUGCUCCUCCUCUUCUGCACCGGCAUGACCAUAUUGCUGGUGGUGCAGAAUACGCUGGAGCUACUGAUUGGCAUUAAGGCGCUGCCGCUGAGCACAAGGCAAUUCACGUUGGGCAUUUCAUCGCUGUCGAAACUGGGACCCAUUGGUGCUAGUCUAGAAGUCUGCUUGAUCUUCUAUUUGGGAGCCACUUCUGUGGUGGGUUUCUAUAGCAUGCCCUUUAUGCGCAACGUACGACCAAAGAAGCGCAACACCUCAUUACCACAGCUAAUGUUAAACUGUGGCAUUAUGUUGGUGUUGUCCUCGGCACUGCCGUUACUAAGUCGCAUUAUAGGCAUUACAAAUUUCGAUUUGCUCGGCGAUUUUGGGGCAAUCGAGUGGCUUGGCAAUUUUCAAAUUGUUCUGCUAUACAAUUUGGUGUUUGGGACGACGACGGCGCUGUGCUUGGCCAACAAAUUUACGGCGACGGUGCGGCGCGAGCUACGCGCACGGUUAGUGGAGAACUAUGUGCUCUUUACUAACUACAUGAGCUUUAUCAACUGAUAUUUACUGAAGCGGCACGACAAAGACGCCACUCGCGCCGGGCUCCUCAAGCUCCUGUGGCGCGUCUUGGAGCGUUUGCGGCAGCGCGAGGGCAUUGUCGUAAUGUCGCCGCUUAAAAAUCUGGCUAGUUUAUAUGCCAAGUCUCAGAACAGCAAUAAUCUAAGUGUUAAUCAUAGGAAUAGAAGUAGUAGACGCCCGAUUACUACCACCAAGGCCACUAGUCGCCAGGCAAACGAUAUGGACUGUUGAGAAGGCAAUGUGUAGCGCUCGGAAAUAUUGAUGAAAUAUUGAGAUAAAGUCAAAACUUAUAAAAGUAGUGCAGAACUGAUAUUUACAUACAUGUUGUUCCCUUUUAUUUGCGGGAUUAAUUGUUGAUCACAUUAGCAGAUCAGGCAAUGGCCUUUUGUGGGAAGAUACCCACACGGUCGCCUUUUCGUCAUAUAAAAUCUCAUGUUUGUUGUACUAACUUGUAUAUUUUUAUUAUUUUUACUAAAUGUUGUGCGUGUGCAACAAAUUGCAGUCAGCAAUUUAGCUUAAAUGUAACACGACAGUCUUGUAUAUGUAAACAUUUGCGUAUAUAUUCGAUUAAGGCAAUUAUCUAUAUUAUUAAACAAUGUUCCUUAAGUAGAGAAUAAGAUGAAGAGCGGCUCCAUACCACAUCAUUUCAUUUUUUAUUUAAUUCUCAUCAUAGUUCGUGGCAUACUCAAAUUUCUAACACCCUUUAUACAUACAUACAUACAAGCAUACAAUCAUCUAAAUUUUAUGUGAUAAAGUAAAUAAAUACAUUUUAACGAUAUUAACUUAUCAUGAA